CCUGGACACCAUGUCACAAGCCUGCAGACCUGACACUGGCAGGAAGUAGAGGCUGCUUGUCUCCUUCAUCACCCGCCCUCGCCAUGUCUUCGACUCAGGGCAGCGGGGAACACUGGAAGUCCCUGGAGUCGGUGGGCAUCAGCCGCAAAGAGCUGGCCAUGGCCGAGGCCCUGCAGAUGGAGUAUGAUGCUCUGUCCCGGCUCCGGCAUGACAAGGAGGAGAGCAGGGCCAAGCAGAACACGGAUCCGUCCCUCAUCCACUGGGAUGGGCUCGACCUUGACUUCUACAGUAAGCCCACGGGAAGGCGGAAUGACCUCAAGCUCUUACGUGGUCUUUCUGGCUCCGAUCCCACCCUCAAUUACAACUCACUGUCUCCCCAGGAAGGGUCACCUAACAACUCUACCUCGCAGGGCUCCCAGCCUGGCCCAGAUCCUUGGUCCAAAGGCUCCCUGGCUGGAGACUAUCUCUUCCUUUUUGAUGGUUCAGACCAGGGACUCUCAGUAUCCCCAGGGCCAGGAGAUAAGAAACUGUCCCCACCUCCUCUGCCUCCCCGAGUCUCCAUCUGGGACACCCCUCCUCUGCCUCCUAGAAAGGGGUCCCCCUCAUCCUCCAAGAUCUCUCAACCCAAUGACAUCAACACUUACGCACUGGUGCAACAACCUGAGGGCAAAUUGCUGGCGCGCCGGAUCCUCGAAGAGGAAGAGGAGCGGCGAGGUGGGUGUUCAGGGCGCCUGCUGGGCUCUGUGGACUACGAUGGUAUUAAUGAUGCAAUUACACGACUCAACUUGAAGUCCACCUAUGACGCAGAGAUGCUGCGGGAUGCCACGAGGGGCUGGAAGGAGGGCCGGAGGCCCCUGGACUUCGGCAAGGAUCCCCCUGGCAAACCCGUGGCCCGGAGCAAGACCAUGCCCCCACAGGUGCCCCCUCGCACCUAUAACUCCCGCGGUGCUAACCGCAAAAAUGCAGCCCCUGGGAAGAACCACCGAAUCUCUGCUGCUCCGGUGGGUUCCCGGCCCCAUGCCGUCGCCAAUGGGCAUGAGUUGUUUGAGGUCUCAGAGGAGAGAGAUGAGGAAGUUGCUGCAUUUUGCCACAUGCUGGAUGUUCUACGUGCUGGCUCGGACAUUCAGGAGUAUGCCCUCACUGGAUAUGUCUGGAGUGCCGUGACGCCAAGCCCAGAGCACCUUGGGGAUGAGGUCAACCUGAAGGUGACCGUAUUGUGUAACAGCCUCCGGGAGCCGCUCACGUUUACCUGCAACUGUUCCUCCACUGUAGACCUGCUCAUCUACCAGACCCUGUGCUACACCCACGACGAGUUGAGGGAGGUGGACGUGGGCGACUUCGUGCUGAAACCCUGUGGGCUGGAGGAGUUCCUGCAAAACAAGCACGCCCUGGGCAGCCAUGAAUACAUUCAGUACUGCCGCAAGUUUGGCAUUGACAUUCGGCUACAGCUGAUGGAGCAGAAAGCCGUCCGCCGUGAGCUGGCCCGGACGGCGAGUGACGACCAGAGCCCCUCCACCUUGAACUACCUCGUCCACCUGCAGGAGAGGCCGGUCAAGCAGACCAUCAGCAGGCAGGCCCUGAGUCUUCUGUUCGACACUUACCAUAACGAGGUGGACGCCUUCCUGCUGGCUGACGGGGACUUCCCGCUGAAGGCUGACAGGGUGGUCCAGUCCGUCAAGGCCAUCUGCAACGCCCUGGCUGCUGUGGAGACGCCUGAGAUCACCAGCGCCCUCAACCAGCUGCCUCCCUGCCCCUCCCGCAUGCAGCCUAAAAUUCAGAAGGAUCCCACUGUCCUGGCCGUGAGAGAAAACCGAGAGAAGGCUGUGGAAGCCCUGACGGCUGCCAUCUUGGAUCUGGUAGAGCUCUACUGCAAUACGUUCAACGCGGACUUCCAGACCACUGUGCCCGGGAGCUGCAGGCAUGACCUGGUGCAAGAGGCCUGCCACUUCUCGGUGCCCCUGACCUUCACAGUCUACGCGUCCCACCGCAUCCCCAUCAUCUGGGUUACGAGCUAUGAAGAAUUUUUCCUUUCCUGCUCCCUCAGCCACGGCGGCAAGGAGCUGUGCAGCCCCCUGCAGACCCGACGGGUGCACUUCUCCAAAUACCUCUUCCACCUCAUCAUUUGGGACCAGCAGAUCUGCUUCCCGGUGCAUGUGAACCGGCUGCCUCGGGAGACGCUGCUCUGUGCCACGCUCUAUGCUGUGCCCCUGCCCCCGCCCGGGAGCUCCUCGGAGGCCAAUAAGCAGCGGCGCACACCUGAAGCCCUGGGCUGGGUCACCACCCCGCUUUUCAACUUCAGGCAAGUCCUGACCUGUGGCCGGAAGCUUCUCGGCUUAUGGCCAGCAACACAGGAAAACCCCAGCGCCCGCUGGAGUGCACCUAAUUUCCACCAGCCGGACAGCGUCAUCCUGCAGAUUGACUUCCCCACCUCGGCUUUCGACGUCAAGUUCACCAGCCCUCCCGGAGACAAGUUCAGCCCCCGCUAUGAGUUUGGCAGCCUCCGGGAGGAAGACCAGCGCAAGCUCAGAAACAUCACGCAAAAGGAGUCCCUGUACUGGCUCAGCGAUGCUGACAAGAAGCGCCUGUGGGAGAAGCGCUAUUACUGCCACUCGGAGGUGAGCUGUCUGCCUCUGGUGCUCGCCAGCGCCCCCAGCUGGGAGUGGGCUUGCCUGCCAGACAUCUAUGCUCUCCUGAAGCAGUGGACACCCAUGAACCACCAGGAUGCCCUGGGGCUCCUGCAUGCCACCUUCCCGGACCAGGAGGUGCGGCGCAUGGCAGUCAAGUGGAUCGACUCGCUCUCGGACGCCGAGCUGCUCGACUACUUGCCCCAGCUGGUGCAGGCCCUGAAGUACGAGUGCUAUCUCGACAGCCCCCUGGUGCGCUUCCUGCUGAAACGAGCCGUGUCUGACUUGAGAGUGACGCACUACUUCUUCUGGUUGCUGAAAGACGGCCUCAAGGACUCCCAGUUCAGCAUGCGCUACCAGUACCUGCUGGCGGCCUUGCUGUGCUGCUGUGGCAAGGGGCUGAGGGAGGAGUUCAACCGCCAGUGCUGGCUCGUCAACACCCUGGCCAAGCUGGCCCAGCAGGUCCGGGAGGCCACGCCAUCUGCCCGGCAGGGGAUCCUGCGGUCUGGCCUGGAUGAGGUGAAGCAGUUCUUUACUCUCAAUGGCUCCUGCCGCCUGCCACUCAGCCCCAGUCUGCUGGUAAAGGGCAUCGUGCCCAGGGACUGCUCUUACUUCAACUCCAAUGCAGUCCCCCUCAAGCUCUCCUUCCAAAAUGUGGAUCCCCUGGGUGAGAACAUCCGAGUCAUCUUCAAGUGUGGGGACGACUUGCGUCAGGACAUGCUGACCCUGCAGAUGAUUCGCAUCAUGAGCAAGAUCUGGGUGCAGGAGGGGCUGGACAUGCGCAUGGUCAUCUUCCGCUGCUUCUCCACCGGCCGCGGGAAAGGGAUGGUGGAAAUGAUCCCCAACGCUGAAACCCUGCGCAAGAUCCAGGUGGAGCACGGGGUGACGGGCUCCUUCAAGGACCGGCCGCUGGCCGACUGGCUGCAGAAGCACAAUCCUGGAGAGAACGAGUAUGAGAAGGCUGUGGAGAACUUCAUCUACUCCUGCGCCGGCUGCUGCGUGGCCACGUAUGUCCUGGGCAUCUGUGACCGACACAACGACAACAUCAUGCUGAAGACCACGGGCCACAUGUUCCACAUUGAUUUUGGCCGCUUCCUGGGCCACGCCCAGAUGUUUGGCAACAUCAAGAGGGAUCGCGCGCCCUUUGUCUUCACCUCGGACAUGGCGUAUGUCAUCAACGGGGGUGACAAGCCUUCCAGCCGCUUCCAUGAUUUUGUUGACCUUUGCUGCCAAGCCUACAACCUCAUUCGCAAGCACACCCACCUCUUCCUCAACCUUCUGGGCCUGAUGUUGUCCUGCGGCAUCCCUGAGCUGUCAGACCUAGAGGACCUCAAGUAUGUGUAUGAUGCCCUGAGGCCUCAGGACACUGAAGCCAACGCCACCACCUUCUUCACCAGGUUGAUCGAGUCCAGCCUGGGCAGUGUAGCCACAAAGCUCAAUUUUUUCAUCCACAACCUGGCUCAGAUGAAGUUCACAGGCUCCGACGACCGCAUAACCCUCUCCUUUGCCCCCCGAACACACACUCUCAAGAGCUCUGGCCGCAUCUGUGACGUCUUUCUCUGUGGCCAUGAGAAGAUCUUCCACCCCAGCAAGGGCUAUAUUUAUGUGGUGAAGGUGAUGCGGGAGAACACGCACGAGGCCACGUACAUCCAGCGGACCUUUGAGGAGUUCCAGGAGUUCCACAGCAAGUUGCGACUCCUCUUCCCUGCUUCCCUCCUGCCCAGCUUCCCCAGUCGCUUCGUGAUCGGCCGCUCGCGGGGAGAGGCUAUGGCCGAGCGGCGGAAGGAAGAGCUGAACGGCUACAUCUGGCACUUGAUCCACGCAGCCCCCGAAGUGGCCGAGUGUGAUUUAGUGUAUACCUUCUUCCACCCCCUGCCCCGGGAUGAAAAGGCUGCAGGCACCAGCCCAGCACCCAAGUCCUCAGAUGGCACCUGGGCCCGGCCUGUAGGGAAGGUGGGAGGGGAGGUGAAGCUGUCCAUCUCCUACAAAAACAACAAGCUCUUCAUCAUGGUGAUGCACAUUCGGGGCUUGCAACUGCUCCAGGACGGGAAUGAUCCUGACCCUUAUGUGAAGAUUUACCUCCUUCCAGACCCGCAGAAAACCACUAAGAAGAAAACCAAAGUGGCCCGGAAAACCUGCAACCCCACCUACAAUGAGAUGCUGGUGUACGACGGGAUCCCCAAGGGAGACCUGGAGCAGCGGGAGCUACAGCUGAGCGUGCUGAGCGAGCAAGGAUUCUGGGAGAACAUUCUCCUUGGGGAGGUUCACAUCCGCCUGCGGGAACUGGACCUGGCCCAGGAGAAGACGGGCUGGUUUGAGCUGGGGUCCCGAAGUCAUGAGGCCCUGUGAACCCCAUGGAGCCCCAGCCAGAGGCCCUAGGUGGGGGGACGCCGGGGGACCCGCUGUCCCCUGCUUGACUCAUCCUUUCUUUGUGAAGGGGCAGGGCCCUUGGCCAUCCUCCCACUGUCCGCCUGAUGGGUCAGCCUCCGUGAUAGAGCAGGGGAGUGGAGCGGCUCCCACUGUCCCCCCUCUGCAGACUGCAUUUGGGUUGAUUGUGCUGAGCGGCCCUUGGAGGCUGUGAGGUCGCAGCAAAGUUUUAAGUUUACCUUGUGUCAAGGGAGCAAUACCUGGUUUGGGGUGUGUGGGAUGGGCCGUAUGAAGGAACAUUGGGGGGCUUGGGCGGGGAGGGUGGACAGCUUUAUUUUUAUUUUUAAAAAAUGAAAUAGUAAUGUUGUCCUAACUGGACAGGAAGCCUCGUGAGAAGGGACUUACAUAUGCCUCAGAAGGCAAAAGAGGAAGACUAUUUGGACUUUUUUGUAUGAUGAAGGUUCUUAUUGGACUUUUCCCCAGGGGUGUGCGUGUGUGUGUUUUUUGGUCUUUGUUUUUCUAUCUAUAGGAAUUAUUUGGGGAGGGGCCCGGUGGGCCCUCGGAGCCCUCCCUCUCUGAGGGCGGUAGGGAGGGGCAGGGAGGACCUGGUGCUGGACCGAGGCCUGGGCCACAGGGCCUCUCAGAUUUUGCCUCCAAAGGAGAGCGACGUGAUACCUAUGUGUGUAAGAAAGGGCCCCUUCCAGUGCGGUCUGCGAAGGACCCGUAUUCAGGGACCCACGCUUUUCCUGGGGGGCGUGUUUCUUCUCUCUUCUGCUUUGCGAGGGCUCACCCUGAAUACCCUCUUCUACCCUCUGUUCUCUCGGCCCUUCUGGGGUCACCUGGGCCCAUAUGCGGGGGAUGCUCCCCCACUGGUUCUCUCUUCACUUUUUUCUGGUGGGGAAAAAUGCUGCCUUGGCCCUUAGUGUACCUGUCACUAAGGGCUCUCGGCCCGGGGAAGAGGCCUGGGCUGCUGGCCCAGGAUGCUCCCCCGCCCCCAUGUCCAGCUUCCUUUUAUGCUGCUUCUCUCCCAAACUCCGUGUCUGUCAUACUUUCUCUAAGAAUUUCUUUCAAUUCAUGGGGCCACAAACCUUUUUACUGUGGAGCCAAAGGGAUA